AUGGAUGUCACCGGGCUGAAAAGCUACACGGAACUGGUAAAGCUAACCGAGGAGGAGAAAAAAGUGAACCUGAAGGAGUAUCUGAAGGAUAAGGAGAGGUCGCAGCUGCUGAUCAAAAAGUUUAAGAACUUCUACAUUGACUUGUCUAGGCAAAGGUAUGGAACGAAGACGCUAAACAAAUUAAUCGACUACGCGGAGGAAGUAAAACUGAAGGAAAAAAUUGAGAAGACAUUUAAAGGAGAAAAAAUGAACAUGACAGAAAAUAGGAGCGUCCUUCACACUGCCUUGCGAAUGCCAAUCGAAAAAAUAAAUACACACAAAAUUGUCCUGGACGGAAAAAAUAUUCUUGAAAAUGUACAUGAGGUGUUAAAAAAAAUUGAAGCAUAUUCAAAUAGCAUUCGAAACGGAACUAUAAGGACUUGCAAAAACACCAAGUUUAAAAAUUUAAUAUGUAUAGGCAUAGGGGGAUCGUACCUUGGAACGGAGUUCGUAUACGAGGCGAUGAAGUACUACUAUUACAACACCAUACUGGAGAAGAAAAAAAAACAAAAAAAAACAAACCAGGCAAACCAGGUAAACGGGGCAAACCAAGCAAACGGAGCGAACCAGGCAAACGGGGCAAACCAGGAUGUGUGCAAAAAUGACGCAGAAAGUAAUUUCAAUAUAAAUUAUGACCAAGACGAAAUUAUUAACGUACGAUUUUUGGCCAACGUGGAUCCAAACGAUAUCAACAGGGCUAUACACAACAUUGAUCAGACGGACACACUUAUCGUGAUAAUUUCCAAAACGUUUACAACAGCAGAGACGAUGCUUAAUGCGAGAUCCAUGAAACAUUGGCUAAAAUUAAAGAUAAAAGAUGACCAAGAUUUGAGCAAACAUAUGGUUGCAGUUAGUACGAACUUAGAACUGACAGACGAAUUCGGCAUAGUGCGUGAGAACGUAUUUGAAUUUUGGGACUGGGUAGGAGGAAGAUUCUCUGUAACAAGUGCAGUAGGUAUUCUACCUCUUUCCAUUGCAUUUGGAUAUGAAAAUAUGAGACAAUUCCUAAAUGGCUGUCAUGACAUGGAUGAACAUUUUUUAAAAACAAAGUUUGAGGAGAACAUUCCAGUCCUAUUAGCGUUAACCAGUUUUUACAAUAACCAAUUUUGGGAUUGUAAAAAUGUGGCCAUUUUGCCAUACUUCCAGAACCUGCUAAAAUUUGCUGCUCAUAUUCAGCAGCUGUCGAUGGAGAGCAACGGGAAAACAGUAGACCGAAGUAACAAUCUUAUAAAUUAUAACACGUGUCAGGUGUUUUUCGGAGAACCAGGGACCAAUGGACAACACAGCUUCUAUCAGUUAAUUCACCAAGGACAGAUCAUUCCAGUAGAAUUAAUCGGUUUCAAACAUUCCCACUUUCCUCUUCACUUCCCAAGUGAAAAGGUUAGUAACCAUGAUGAAUUGAUGACUAACUUUUUUGCCCAAGCCGAUGCUUUAGCCAUGGGGAAAACCUUACAACAAGUAGCUCAAGAAAACGAAAUGAACAAAAAAAAAAUGGCUCCAGAAUUGCUAACCCAUAAAGUUUUCCAAGGUAAUAGACCUUCCACUUUGCUACUGUUUGAUGAAUUAAACUUCUACACGUGCGGAUUGCUCCUCUCUCUAUACGAAUCCCGAAUCGUCGCUGAGGGAUACCUGCUCAAUGUGAACAGCUUCGACCAGUGGGGUGUCGAACUCGGCAAGGUCCUGGCCAAGGAGGUCCGCAACUACUUCCACGAGGUGCGUUCGAAGAAGCAGCCCGCCACCACCACCACCACCACCGCCUACGGGUUUAACGAAUCCACCAAAAUAUUGCUGGGUUACUACCUCAGCUAG